UGUUUAUCUUUUAUUUUUAUCUGUUGGUCACCUACUGUCUAUGAUCAUACGGAUGUGUUAUGCAUGCUGGGCUGUACGCUUGCAGCAAGACGUGCUUGCUGGUGGAAAGUGAAGACGUCGACAAUUACAGCAACUCGCGUGUGAACUUAGACGUGUACUUGCCAGCGAUACGCGUUGCUGCUGAAAGCCAUCCGCUUUUGAACUUACCGUGCACCCUUAUCGUGGCCAAAGACUCCAAUUAUGCAGCCCAAGUAUAGCUCUUGGACAUAUUUUUCGACAACUUGUGGCCGUGUGUAAGGAGCCUAAGCAUCUCCAGGCUCCAGUCGGUACCAUCACCAAAGGGCAAUCGUCAUGUCCCAAAUAGGGGAGAAACGUUUAGGUCAUGGAAGGCAUUUCGGUGUCAUGUUGAUACCUGGCGGACGCUCUGGUGCAUAUGCCAGGCUUCCGCCAUGCCCCAUGGUUACCGGCCCGAUAUCGCGCCGCCGUCGGCUGCCCAUCUGCGCUGCCAAGUUUACCGUGAACGCAAAAGCUAGACAGGCUCCUACUAUGCAGCAAGUAUACCAGGUGGCCCCGACCGCGCCAUCCCAGCCGGCCAUGCCAUCAGCACCGGGCGGCCUCGUCCCAGCUAUUGCUGGAGGUCUGGUGGCGCUGACAGGCGCAGUAGUCCUGGUGAAGCGCGCGCUGGAACAAGGCCAGGCAAGGGAAUCCGCUGGCACCGGCCUCCGGACACAAGCCGCAGAAACCACAGCUGUGGUGCAGACCACCGGCGCUGCUGCUGCUGCUGCUGCACCCAACGCAGCUGUCACGUCCUCCUCAGCCUCGCCCCAGCAGCAGCAGCUGUCUGAAGCGGCUGGGGCGGAGGUGCAACAGCAGCAGCACACGACGACAGCGGCGCAAGGCGAGCAGCAAGUAGAGCAGUGGGUGGAGGCGGUGGAGGCAGCGGAGCAGCCGACGGAGGAGCUUGAAAGGGAGCAGGAGCGAGCACGACAAGCUGCUUCCUCGCUGCAGCAGGAGCUGCGCGUGCGGGAGGCGGAGCUGCGGGCGGCUCAGCGGGCGGCUGUCAAGGGGGGCGAGGUGGAGGGAGCUGCCAGGGGGGAGCUCAAGGAGUCCCAGCGGCGCACUGAGCUGCUUGAGGCGAUGGUGGGGGCGCUGCGGGAGCGACUGAGGAGGGAGGAGGACAGGAAUGCGGAGCUGGCGGUCGAGGUGGCCUCCGGUCGCGCCGCGCUGAGCGAGUCUGAGGAUGCUCGGCGGGAGCUGCAGCGGUGCAUCGAGGGGCUGAGGGCCGAGCUGGCGGACACGCAGGGAAAGCUGGCGGAGGCCAUGGCUCGUUCCGCUGAGCUGGAGGCGCGUGUGGCGCAGCUGGAUUCGGAGCGGCGGGAGCUGCAGCAGCGGGUGGGGCAGCUGGAGGCGCGGCUGGCGGAGCAGGUGGAGGCGGCGGCAGCGGCGGCGGCAGCGGCAGAGGACAAGAUACGCAUGAUCACAGCGGCAGCGGAUGAGGACCGCCUGGCGGUCGCCAAGCUGCAGGCCUCCCUGGCCGACCGCGAGAGCCAGCUUGCCUCGCUGCGUGAGGGCGAGGCGGAGUUGCAGGAGCUGCUGGAGCAGAGCAAGCGGGCGGCGGAGCAGAUGGGUUCGCUGCUGUGCAGUCGUGAUGGCGAGCUGGCGGCGCUGCGGGAGGCGGCGGAGAGCGCGCGAAGGGGCGGCAAGCAGGAGCUGGAGGCGCUGAGGAAGCAGCUCUCCGACCUGCAGCAGUCCAGCCGUGACACCGACGUGGCGCGCCUCACCGCCGCCCUGCAGGACUCCGCGGCCCUGGCGGCCCAGCAGCAGGAGGCAGCCGCCGCCCGAGCAGCCGCGCUGCAGCAGGAGGUGGAGGAACUGCGGGGGCAGCUGCAGGCUGCUCAGCUGUCGGCUGCGCGCUCCGCCGCCGCUCGUGCCACCGAGGUUUCGGAGCUGCGUUCCUCCCUGGAGGCCCAGCUGUCGGCUGCCCGGGGGGAGGCGGGGCGGGCGGCGGGGCAGCUGGCGGCGCUGCGGGAGCAGAUGCAGGGGCUGUUGGGAGGGGGAUUUGUGGCGGCAUUGGAGGAGGAGUUGCGGCAGGUCAUCCUGCCCGCCGCCUCCAAGCCCGCUGCGUCUGCAGCCCGGAGCGGCAGCGGCCAGGAGUCCAGUGAGGCCGCUCAGUCCUCCUCCCUCCUCGCCCGCCUCUCCUCCCGCGAGUCCGCCCUGCUGUCCCAGCUGCAGCGGCUGCAGGGGCAGCUGGCGGAGCUGCAAGCGGGUGCGGUGGGGCGGCUGGGGCCGGCGCUGGCGGACAGGGCGGCGGCCAUGGAGGCGGAUGCGGACAGGGCGAGGCAGACGAUGAAGGCGCGGGAGGCGGUGGGAGACCAGGAGGGCCUGCAGUCCGCCGCCCAGCAGCUGGGCUCCCUCAGCUCCCAGCUCGCCGCGCUGUACCGCACCGCCAUGCUGCCCGAGGCCAGGAGCAGGGAGCGGGCGGUGCUGGCGGAGAUGCAGGACCGCGAGACGGAGCUGCGCGGGGUGGUGGAACAGCGGGUGCGGCUGCAGCAGCAGAUGGAGCAGGAGCGCAAGGCCAAGAUGAGGGCUGCUGCUGGCUCCGCCUCCCCCUCUCCCACCUCGGAGGACAUCCAGCAGCAGCUACGCAAGGCGGUGCAGGAGCGGGUGCGGGAGCUGAUGCAGGAACGAGACCGGCAGCUGCAGCAGCAGGCCGCCGCCCGGGAGCAGCAGCUGCAGUCCCAGCUGCAGAGCCAGCUGGCCAGCCGCAGCCAGUCGCAGCAGCGGGAGGCGCAGGCGGCGCAGGAGGCGGUGGCGCAGCAGGCCCGCAUGAUGGAGGCCUCCUGGCGCGCCCAGCUGGAUGCCAGCAGCCGGGCGCUGCGGGAGGCGCAUGCGGACAGGCAGCGGCUGGCGGCGGAGGCAACACUGGCGGCGGCGCAGGUUCGCUCCCAGCUUUCAGAGCUGGCCUCCCUGCGUUCCGAGCUGGCGGCGGCUCAGUCGGCGGUGGCAGCGCUGGGGGCCGCUGCGGGUGGUCCGCGGGGGGCGGCGGCGGCGGAGGCGGUGGCGGCGGAGGCGGCUGCGCAGUCGGGGGCUGCGGGGCGGCAGGUGGCGGCGCUGACCAGGAGGGUGGAGGCGCUGAGGGACAGGCUGCAGGAGCAUGAGCGACAGUACUCCGCUUCCACCGGCCAGUCAGCUCCCGGCUCCCCAGCCGGUCGCGGCAGCAGCAACGGCGGCACUGCCACGACCACGACCCACGGGUCACCCGGCGGCGGGUCAACCACCGGAUCUGGUCGCCCGACCACGUCGACGGCUGCUGCUGCUGUGCGACCCGGCUGGUCUUCUUUUCCUCAAUCUUCGCAAUCCGGCGCCAUCCCUGGCAUCAGCGGUGGCAGUCCGUGGGAUGUUCCGCCGGCCCCCAAGGAGCCGACUCGGCCGCAGCAUGCAGCGGGCCGCCCUGACUCCGGAAGCAGCAGCAGUGGCGCUAACAGCAGUAACAGUAGCAGUGUCACCAGCAGCAGCAGCACUAGCAGCAGUACUAGCAGCACCCAAGGACCUAACAGCCCCAACAGGAACCGCAGCGGCAGCAGCCCCAGUUACUGGAGCUACAGAGGCGGCGCCAGUAGCAGCAGCAGCAGCAGCGGCAGCAGCGUUGGCAACACCAACAACCCCAACGGCGCUAGCAGCAGCCCUUGGGAGCGCCCUGCCGGCAGCACCUUUGCUAGCAACACCACCAGCACCAGCACCGGUAGCACCAACACCAACACCACCAGCACCAGCAGUAGUGGUGCUGCUGCUGGUAGCGGCGGUUCAAUGGGAGCUGCCAGUGAGCUGGUGGGGGCGAUGGCGAGCAGCCUAGCUGAGGCGGUGACCAGCACCCUGGCCGGCGCUGUUGCCGCAAGCAUGUCCCCACCACCAUCGCCAGCAGCAGCAGCAGGAGGAGGCCUGGGAGGGGCUGCAGCAGGGGCUGCUGCUAAUACAGCAGCUGCACGGGAACAACCGCCCACAGCUCGUCCCUUCGGCGCUCCUCGGACGGCGACUGAGGGAUCACAGCGGCAACAGCGGCCGUCGACGGCGGCGUCGCGUGUCGGUAGCAGCAUCAGCAGCAGCAGGGCGGCUGCUGAUGGGACCGGCGCCCAAGCCGUGGCGGCCUCAGCGCCCCCGGCAGCAGCACCGACAGCAGCUGGUGCUGCUGCGGCAGCGACAGGUGCCGCUGGAAGUGAGGGUGGUGGUGUGGCGGUAUCGUCGGUUUGGUCUCAGAUCCUGGCUUCUCGGCAAGCACCAGGGCCUGUAGGAUCCUCUUUCGACACCUCCUCAUCCUCCCACCCUGGCAGCGCCGCGGCUGAUAGCAGCGCUGGCGCUGAUGCUUGGAGCAGCAUUGCGGGAUCCGCCGCAACUGCACCUUCAUCUGCACCAACCCCCGCAUCGUCAUCGUCCUCUGCCUCUUCCUCCUUCUCCUCCUCUUCCUCCUUGGGGGCUGCUGCUCCGGGUGGUGGUGGGGGUGUUGCUGGUGCUGGGGAAGGGAAGAGGGUGCCCGGCGCAGCACAACAACAAGAACAGCAGCAGCAGCAGGAGCCUGAGACAGGCGGCGCGUCGUCAAUCGUGGGAGCUGCUGGCAGUGUGGAGGAAAGGAACGCCUCCCGACAGCCUCCGUCCUCCUCUUCAGCAGGAGCCACCGCCUCCUCAACCCCUCUUCCUUCCUCAUGGUCGCCUUCGUCCUCGUCCUCGUCCUCAACAACGUCGGUGUCAGCGGCGUCGGCCUCCCCUGAACCCAACUACUCUCCCCUCACCGCGCAGGCCGCCAAGCCCUCCAAGCCCGCCUACCUGAGGGAUGUUGUGCGAAAGAGCAAGACACCACAACCGCCACCACCACAGCAGCCCACUCCUUCCACCUCCUCCUCCUCCUCGUCCGACGGCAGCAGCAGCAGCAGCACCAGGGUCACCGCUGCUGCUGCUGCCCAGGAAAGCACCCCUGCCGCCCAGCCAUCACCACCCGCUGUGGCCAGCAGCUCUUCCCCUCCGCCUGUCACACCCUCCAGGCUACAGCAGCAGCAGCAGCAGCAGUGGCGCUCGGUGGUUGAAAGUCGGCGCCAAGCCGCAGGGUCCUCCUCCUCUUCCUCCUCGGAUCCUCCGUCGCUGCAGCCGCCGCAGCCGUCAGCCCAGCACCGGAGCUCCGCGGUGCCCCCGACCUCUCGAACCCCUGCAUCUGGGUUCGGUGGUGCUUCGCAGCAGUCGCAGCAGCAGCCACAGCCACAGCCGCAGCAGCAGUCUCCGGCAGCAGCGGCGCUGGCUGCAGCAGCAGGUGCGGCUGCGGCUGCCAAGAGAGCAGCAGCAGCAGCUGCUCAGGUAUCGCCACCAGGAGCUUCAGCGAAGACACGCGGAUUCAACACGCCGCCCAUCGCGGAAUGGGGCCGACCCAAGCCCUCCGAGGCCACCGCCGACGACGGCAACGCUACCUCCCCCGACUCCGCAGCCGCAGCUGGCCCCUCUUCUUCGUCCGCCAGCAGCAGCCCCGCAGCUCGCACCAACAAGGGCGCCUCCGCCGCCGCUGCCUCUGGAAGGAGCACCACUGGCAGCAGCGGCAACAGCAGCGGUACCUUCUUCUCCAAUGAUGAGUUGGGUGCGGAGAUUGCCGCCAUCGCACAGUCCAUCGUGCAGCGAACCGGGGGUCCUACCAGCCCUGCGUCCGCCUCGUCCUCGCCUUCCUCGCCUUCCUCCUCCUCCCCUUGGAAACAGCCGCAGCAUCAGCAGUCAGGGAGUCAGGGAAGUAGCAGCAAGGGCGGCAGUCAGGGCACCGCUGCUGCUGACUGGAAGACGUCCCUCUCCGCGACAUCACCACCUAACCGGACGGUGACAACGCAACCCGCCGGCCACAUGUUCAACCCAGCCGCUACAGCCCCCAUGGGACGAAGCAGGUUGCAGCUCUCAGCCGCGGGUUACGCCAUUCCCCACGUUGCCAAGGCGUCCAAAGGCUCCGAAGACGCGUUCUUCAUCCUGACGCCCCCUCAGAGCAGCAGCAGCAGCAGCGGUGGUGGCGGGUCGGCUCCUUCCCUCAGUGCGCUGGGUGUAGCGGACGGCGUGGGCGGUUGGGCGGAGGCGAAUGUUGACCCGGGGCAGUACAGUCGGGAGAUCAUGGCGGCUGUGGCGCGGGCGGCGGAGGCGCGGCGGCACGCGGGCGAGCCGGCGGAUCCCCGGCAGUUGCUGGCGGAGGCGCAGGCCGCGGUGCGCAGCAUCGGCAGCUGCACCGCCUGUGUCGCCAUCAUGACACCGCAUGCAGCAACAGCAGGGGGGCAGGCUGCUGGGGGUGGUGGUGGGUUGCUUUCCAUCGCCAACCUGGGUGACAGCGGCGUGCGGGUGGUCCGUCGCGGCUCGUUGGUUCUGUCCAGCAGUCCGCAGGAGCACCAGUUCAACAUGCCCUACCAGAUCGCGCACCCAGGCAACCUGCCGGACACCGACACGGCGCAGGACGCGCAGGUGUACCAGAUCGCACUAGAGCCCGGUGACGUCAUCAUUCUUGCAACUGACGGGCUGUACGACAACAUGUGGGACGAG